CAAACAGCCGCAACCAAUCUCCUCCCCACGAGCGCGGAGCAGUUGCAAGUCAAGCUCCUCCAUGUAGAGGCUCCUAGUGCAGAGCCACAGACCUGCUCCAGGCGGAGGUGUCGAGCUCGACCCCACGUGCCUCGCCACUGUCCAAGUGUAGCCGCCCCGGCUCCUAUUCUCUUGCCUCGACUCCUGUUUCGACCAUGGCGCUGCCUUCGUCGAUGCUCCGCCAUCUUAAUUUUGGGAUUUUAGCAACAUAUUAAUUUUGGAGCGUCCUCCGCCACCAGUUAGUGUCCUUGACGACUUUCACUACGCCACGUACAUCAAAGCAGACCGGUCCAAUAGGCAAUAAGCAACCUCACCGGUGUGAUCGGACCUGACGUCCUCCGUUGACGCUGACCGAUGUCAUGGUGUAGCUAGCUAUAUAUCUCAAGGAUGUCCGCAGCGCCGGCCGGACAAGCAAUAAAUACCCGUCCCAAUUCCCAACCUGGAGGAGGAGAUUAGUAGGAGUAGUAUCGAUCGAUCAGCGCCAGCAAACACAGUCGAGGCCCCCGCGACACGCGAGGUGUAAAACCGCAGACGGCGGCCGUGAGGAUCUAGGCAGGAACAAGGCAGGCCCCUCGUCCCGCGGCUGACCACGCAGAGAUCGCACGAGUGUGGCAUUGGCCGUCGUCGCGACGACACUUGGGUCAUCUAUCAUCCUCCGAUCCGUCGCCUCGCCGCCGGCCGGCGAGCCCGAGAGUACGAGGCCAUGACGCUUGCGAGCACGGACAAGGUGGUGCUGGGAUGCGUCGCGUUCAGCAUCUUCUGGGUGCUGGCCGUGUUCCCGUCGGUGCCGUUUAUGCCGGUGGGGCGCACCGCGGGGUCCCUCCUGGGCGCCAUGCUCAUGGUGCUGUUCCGCGUGAUGACCCCCGACGAGGCGUACAAGGCGAUCGACCUCCCGAUCCUGGGCCUCCUCUUCGGCACCAUGGUGGUGAGCAUCUUCCUGGAGCGCGCCGACAUGUUCGAGUACCUCGGCGGCGCGCUGGCGUGGCGGAGCCGGGGCAGCAAGGACCUGCUCCUCCGCGUCUGCCUCGUGUCCGCCGUGGCCAGCGCGCUCUUCACCAACGACACCUGCUGCGUGGUGCUCACCGAGUUCAUCCUCAAGCUGGCGCGCCAGAACGGCCUGCCCCCGCAGCCCUUCCUGCUGGCGCUCGCCUCCAGCUCCAACAUCGGCUCCGCCGCCACGCCCAUCGGCAACCCGCAGAACCUGGUCAUCGCCGUGCAGAGCGGCAUCACCUUCGGCCAGUUCCUCGUCGGCGUCUUCCCGGCCAUGGCCGUCGGCGUCGCCGCCAACACCUGCGUCCUGCUCUGCUACUUCUGGAGGUACCUCGCGGCGCCGGAGAAGGACCAGGAGGCGGGGCCCGACGCGGUCGUGGCCGACGAGGAGGUCACCUCGCACAGGUUCACACCGGCGCGGAUGUCGCACGCCUCGUCCAUGAACGGCGGCUUCGACGGCGACUGCGUCAGCGAGCCCAUGCGCCGGAGCGAGAGCCUGGGCAGGGCCGACGCGCUGAGGAGCCGCAGCUACAACUCGGAGGGCGACAUCCAGGUCUCCAUCCGGUCCAUGCGCGCCUCCAGCCUGUCGCAGGAGAUGGUGGAUGUGUCCACCGUCGGCGACGGGCCCAGGAAGAUCACCAGGAGCACCAGCCAGCAGCGCAGCGUCAUCAUCGAGGACGCGCCGCCCGAGGCCGACGACGACGCCCACAAGGGCAAGGACGGCGACGACGACGACGUCAAGGUGAAGAGGUGGAAGGUGGUCGUGUGGAAGAGCGCCGUGUACCUCACCACGCUGGGCAUGCUCGUCGCGCUUCUCAUGGGCCUCAACAUGUCCUGGUCCGCCAUCACCGCUGCUCUUGUCCUCCUCGCGCUCGACUUCACUGACGCGCAGGCUUGCCUGGAGAAGGUGUCCUACUCUUUGCUCAUCUUCUUCUGUGGGAUGUUCAUAACGGUCGACGGCUUCAACAAGACCGGCAUACCCAACGCGCUCUGGGAGCUGGUCGAGCCGUAUUCGAGAAUCGACAGCGCCAGAGGCACGGCGCUCCUCGCGCUUGUCAUUCUCGUCCUUUCGAACGUGGCCUCCAAUGUCCCAACUGUCCUCCUGCUGGGCUCCAGAGUGGCAGCGUCAGCGGCUGCCAUCUCCCCGGAGUCGCAGAAGAAAGCCUGGCUCAUACUAGCGUGGGUCAGCACGGUGUCCGGCAAUCUCACCCUCCUGGGCUCCGCCGCCAACCUGAUCGUGUGCGAGCAGGCGCGGCGGGCGCAGUUCUUCGGGUACAACCUCACCUUCUGGAGCCACCUCCGCUUCGGCCUGCCGUCAACCAUCAUCGUCACCGCCAUCGGCCUGCUCAUCGUCGUCAGCUACUGAAUGGUAGUGUACGUGAGAAUUAAUUGAAGCAGAUGUUGUACCCCGCUCUUUGUUGUAGUUUUUUAUGGAAGUUUUGCUUCGCGCAACCGAUGCCUCAAAGGCGUCGGGUUGCCCAUCUGAAUGGCAUCGAUCGAGCAGUGGCCGGCACAGGUAGCAGGGCUCCUCUCAAGUCUCAAUCUGGUUCUGUCGGAGGGGCCUGUGGUCGGAGCCUUUCUCGGUGAAGAAACAAGUUAUGCCGAGGUGUGGACUUUGCAACUUUACCCUGCAUUUGCAGGACGAAAAUCGUUACAGAGGCUUGUGCUCUACCGACCCAGCUAGACGCGCCAACGUGGUUGUGUAUUGAGAUCUUUCUUUGUGGCAACAGGCCGGUCACUCUAGCACUCAUAGCAAAUAAUAUAUAGCUGUUGAGUAUCAUAUUUGGCACCUAAGCAUGUUCGGACGGUUCGCCCAUGUGGCCCGGACGGUCCGCAUCUCCACGACCAGAUUAACACAGAUGAGAGUAUUUAUCCCA